UCUCGUAAUCUGCAAUCAUCAAAGGUUCCUUCCUCGCGAAUAGGCCGACUUUUUCAUUACGGAGGCCUUGCUGCAUCGUUAGGCUAUGGCGCCGCAUCGGAAAUUAUCCGUCGUUCUGCUAACUCAUCUGGAGACGCUCCAGCCCAGCAAUCUCUGAUGAUGACGGAGGCGAAUAUCAAGCGGCUUGUAGACAAACUGUCUCAAAUGAGAGGCGCCGCUCUGAAACUUGGCCAGUUUAUGAGUAUACAAGACACGCAUCUAUUACCGCCUGAUGUGGACAAAAUAUUUAGACGAGUACAAGAUAGUGCCCACUACAUGCCAGACUGGCAGAUGGAGGAUGUUCUAACCGCCUCCCUCGGUCAUUCUUGGGCAGACAACUUUGCGUCAUUUUCUCGUGUGCCCUUUGCUGCAGCCUCUAUCGGCCAAGUACACCAUGCUGUACUAGCCGCGUCAUCGUCACCAACUGGUUCUGAGGAGACUGUCGCUGUCAAAAUUCAGUUUCCCAAUAUAGCAAACUCGAUAAAGAGUGACCUAGGAUAUGUCAAAAUGCUCCUAACUGCAGGUAGACUGCUGCCUAAAGGUUUAUUCCUGGAUAGAACGAUUGAAGUCAUGAAAGACGAACUUGCAGAUGAAUGCGACUACUCUCGAGAAGCCUCUUAUCUUAGGAAGUUUGAGUCUCAUCUGGGCGGGGACUCUAGAUACAGGGUACCUUGGGUAUGGGAACAUAGCACAGAGCGCGUACUGGUCAUGGAAUAUGUCGAAGGCAUAAGCGUGGGCGAUCCAGCGAUCAGUCUAUUAAGCCAGGGUGAAAGAGAUCAGAUCGCUGCACUUGUGAUUCAGUUGUGUCUCAAAGAACUAUUCGAAUUCAGAGUCAUGCAAACCGACCCAAAUUGGACCAAUUUCUUGUGGAACACAAAAUCGUCACAGCUUGCGCUCGUGGACUUUGGUGCUACAAGGGAGUAUACAAAGGACUUUAUGGACUCAUGGUUACGACUACUGCAGGCUGCUGCCUCGGAGGAUAGGGCUGCCUGUAUAGAGUGGAGUCUCAAAUUAGGAUACGUUACUGGCGAAGAAAACGAAGUCAUGCUAAACGCCCAUAUCGAUUCCAUGGUUCUACUCGCUACGCCUUUCAAAGCCUCAACUCCCCAACCAUUCACAUUUGGGCCAGGUUCCCAGUGGGCGGAAAUUACCACCAAGAUCCGAAACCAAAUACCUGUAAUGCUCAAACACAGACUUACCCCUCCCCCACGGGAAACGUACAGUCUGAAUCGGAAAUUGAGCGGGGCAUUCCUACUUGCGUCGAGAUUGAAUGCGACAGUGGAUACGAAGAGCUUGUGGGACAGCGUGGUCAAGGGUAGUAAAGAUACAGAAGAAUAACCAGUUCUUUAACAGUUAACAUUGUUCCCUCCUCUUCUGCGUUUACGUAUACGCGGCCUUUGGCUAUAUCUCGCCACGAAGUCACUUGUGGUCCUGGUACGAGCAGUGGCGAAUUCGUGUG